GGUGGGUAUAUUAAUGGGAAGCUGUUUGUGCUCAGUGGCUCAGUGUUCAUUGCUACUGUCUCAGGAUGCUCAAGUUAGCGCUGCUACUCCUGACUGUGUCAGGCCUCCAGGCUGCCCCACUCGCAAGCCCUAAAAGUUUGCAGAAGUCAGCUUCCACCUACCAGCUGCCUAAUGGCUUUCGACAGGGCACUGAACACUCUGACACCCGUAAGCCGAUUCCUCACGACUUCCGACAAGGUACCGAGCCCUCCAGGAGGUUCAUCGUUAACCUCAACACCGGCCUAGUGCAGGAUUACAUCAGUGAGAUGGACAGGAGAGUUGAUAUCAUGCUUCCUUCUCAGGGAAAAGGAUUUGGAGAGAUGAAGCGAAGCCACCGGCCAAUGGAGGAGGUAGCUCUGGAUGUUCCAGCCCAGAAGAAUGGUAAUGGUUGGGUCCGUGUGGAGGAACCCUCUGAUAAUCGUCUUCCUGAUGGUUUUAGACAGGGAACAGAACCCCUUAAGACCAUCCCAGCUGGAUUCAGACAGGGGACAGAACCCGUGAGAUCAAUCCCAGACGAUUUCAGACAGGGGACAGAACCCAUGAGCUCAAUCCCAGAAGGUUUCAGAAAGGGAGCUGAACCGGUUAAGACCAUCCCAGAUGGUUUCAGACAGGGAACAGAACCCGUUAAGACCAUCCCAGACGGUUUCAGACAGGGAACAGAACCCGUUAAGACCAUCCCAGACGGUUUCAGACAGGGAACAGAACCCGUUAAGACCAUCCCAGACGGUUUCAGACAGGGAACAGAACCCAUGAGAUCAAUCCCAGAAGGUUUUAGAAAGGGAACAGAACCCGUUAAGACCAUCCCAGACGGUUUCAGACAGGGAACAGAACCCGUUAAGACCAUCCCAGACGGUUUCAGACAGGGAACAGAACCCGUGAGAUCAAUCCCAGAAGGUUUCAGACAGGGAACAGAACCCAUGAGAUCAAUCCCAGAAGGUUUCAGACAGGGAACAGAACCCGUUAAGACCAUCCCAGACGGUUUCAGACAGGGAACAGAACCCAUGAGAUCAAUCCCAGAAGGUUUUAGAAAGGGAACAGAACCCGUUAAGACCAUCCCAGACGGUUUCAGACAGGGAACAGAACCCGUGAGAUCAAUCCCAGAAGGUUUCAGACAGGGAACAGAACCCAUGAGAUCAAUCCCAGAAGGUUUCAGACAGGGAACAGAACCCGUUAAGACCAUCCCAGACGGUUUCAGACAGGGAACAGAACCCAUGAGAUCAAUCCCAGAAGGUUUUAGAAAGGGAACAGAACCCAUUAAGACCAUCCCAGACGGUUUCAGACAGGGAACAGAACCCGUUAAGACCAUCCCAGACGGUUUCAGACAGGGAACAGAACCCGUGAGAUCAAUCCCAGAAGGUUUCAGACAGGGAACAGAACCCAUGAGAUCAAUCCCAGAAGGUUUCAGACAGGGAACAGAACCCGUUAAGACCAUCCCAGACGGUUUCAGACAGGGAACUGAACGCUCCACCUCCAGGUUCCAAACAAAGACUGUGGCAUGUAAAGGGGAGGUCAUCAAUGGAAACUGCUACGAGUUCAACCCCACACCACUUGCCUUUCAGGAUGCACAGGACUUAUGCAGAGCUCUUGCGCCAAAUGCUGAGCUUGCAUCUGUAACAAAUGGCGAUCUGCAUUCACGCCUGGUCUCCCUGGUGACCAAAGGUGGUGAGAGUAACCCCAUGUUGACCUGGCUGGGAGGCAUGGUCAAGAAUCAGGAGGCAUCAUGGGUGGAUGGGUCAGAGUGGAAAUACAGCGACUGGAUGCCGGGUCACCCCAACAUUCACACUGAUAAACCUGUUUGUGUGGAGAUGUUCAAGAUAGAUCAGAGCUGGUGGACUGCGGUCGACUGUGAACUGAAGAGAGCGUCCAUCUGCUCGUACCCGAUCACUGCAUGAAAACCAUGAAGAAACACAGCAUUAAGAAGGUGGUUCAUCCUUCCUACAAACAAGUUUCCAUUCGUUUUGGAUGCCACUGAAUUAUCUGUGUUCUCUUGAAUAAACCUGGCAUAUUACAUCA